AUGGAUAAAUUAUUAUUAUGCUGUGAUAACAACGACAGGGGCAGAACCAUCAAACAAAGCGCAAUGACCACCAUAAACGAUACCCACAUGGCAGUGCUGGACUUGAAGACCACCCAGUUCAGUUUGCCCGCCAAGAGGAUCUUUGACUCGCAAACUACACAGGAUUUCCAAUCAUCCAUUGCUCUCAACAGGUUGAGAUUCUUUCUACAAAAAUAUAUAUCCAUGGUGACCAACGUACAGACACCGCCAGAAGGUACUUUAUCUUCAGUGACACUGGUGAACUCCAUUGUUCAGUUGCUAAACCAUCUAUCCACUCUCAUUGAUGAAACACCGCCCCUAGUGGGACCAAGAAGAUAUGGGAAUUUGGCAUGCAGAGACUGGCAUACUAAGAUGGAGGCUCAAUUACCUGCUCUAUUAAACGAAAUACUAGACCCAUAUUUACCUAAAGUCUCCGGAGAAUCCUCAUCCAUGCAUCCUUGUAUACAGGAAUUAAACUAUUACAUAAGUAAUGCGUUUGGUUCCUCUACCAGGUUGGAUUUUGGUACAGGUCACGAGUUGUCAUUCAUGGCAUUCAUUGCUGCCAUUGAUAUGUUAGGCCUUUGGACAGAUGGAAUGCAAGGAACGGAUAUUCUACUAUUGUUCAAUACAUAUUAUGCCCUAGUGAGAAAAUUGAUCCUGACGUAUACUUUGGAACCAGCAGGAUCUCAUGGUGUUUGGGGAUUGGAUGAUCAUUUCCACCUGGCAUACAUCCUGGGUAGCUCUCAAUGGAUAAGGAACGCCCCCAUGAGACCCAGGGACGUCAAGGAUAUCAGUCUCGUGAAACAAUAUGCCAAAUCCAAUUUGUAUUGCCAAUGUAUUGCAUUCAUCUUCCAAGUGAAAUCGGGUCCCUUCUCUGAACAUUCCCCCAUACUGUAUGACAUCGCUACGAGUGUUACCACUUGGUCGAAAGUGCAGAGGGGUCUAAUCAAAAUGUACAUGGAUGAAGUGUUGAAAAAGUUCCCCGUGGUACAACACUUCUGGUUUGGAGACGGAUUCUAUCCAUGGAUCAAUCAACAUACGGGGAAGCCAUUGCCUAUCUAUGAGCAUUCUCCAGAGGAUGACGAAACUGAACAAGAGAGAGAAAUACAGCAAUAUGCUCCUCAUUGGCACAAAGAGAAUGCUCAUGUUAGGACAGCCAAACCUGGUAUUACUGCAAUGCCUUCAGUGACGAAUACAAGAACCAAUAUGGCACCUCCUUCAUCAAGAAUGAUGAACUCGCAUGAUCCAACAAUAUCGUCUCUUCUGAAAAGGUCCACAAGAGAUCAGGCAAGAAGGUAA